GCGGGCCCUGCCCAGCGUGGGCGGCCGGGCCGGGCUGCGCGGAGGCUGCGGGCGGUGCCGCCAGUGAGGCUGCGCUGCGCUGCGGGGCCGGAUGGCCGAGCCGCCCGCCCCGCGCACUCGGGCGGCGGCCGGCAGCGGGCGAGGACACCGGGCGAGCCCUCCCUGCCGGGAGAGCCGGCCCUGCGGCACACGGCAGCGCCAUGGUCUCAUGGAUCAUCUCCAGGCUAGUGGUGCUUAUAUUUGGCACACUUUACCCGGCAUAUUAUUCUUACAAAGCCGUGAAAUCAAAGGACAUCAAAGAAUAUGUCAAAUGGAUGAUGUACUGGAUCAUAUUCGCGCUCUUCACGACAGCAGAGACAUUCACGGAUAUCUUUCUUUGCUGGUUUCCAUUCUACUAUGAACUCAAAAUAGCUUUUGUAGCUUGGCUGCUGUCUCCAUACACAAAAGGCUCCAGCCUCCUGUACAGGAAAUUUGUUCAUCCAACCCUGUCUUCAAAAGAAAAGGAGAUCGAUGACUGCCUCAUCCAGGCGAAGGACCGGAGCUACGAUGCCCUUGUGCACUUUGGGAAGCGGGGGCUGAACGUUGCAGCCACAGCAGCUGUCAUGGCAGCUUCAAAGGGACAGGGAGCCCUGUCUGAGAGACUACGGAGCUUCAGCAUGCAGGACCUGUCGAGCAUUCGCGGAGACAGCAGCAGCACCGUUCCUCCCUCGGUCACUGUACGAACAGGUAGCAAACAGAGCCACCCAAAACCAUCCAGAAGUGCAUCAGAAGGCACUGGCAGCUCAGUGUGCACGUGUUGCUCGGUAUGCCGACUCCUCAGAGGUGAAAUAAGUGUGGACAUUAGGUAUGAGAAGCCACCUGAGACAAACUGUGAAACAAAAGGCUCAGUGUUCUCAGAUGAUGAAGAGAAUGAUUGUGCAUCCGUGAACAAAAGGCCCAAAAAGAAGGAUCAACCCCUUGAGGCACCGCCUAGGACUCUUAGACCUCGCUUCAGGAAGAAAAGUACCUCGUCCUCUGCCACUGAAACAAUGUGAGUGCAAUGAGCCAAUAGCACCAAGAUCCACAGAAUGUCUCUCUUCUGCCUUAAGAGCUACUCGUUCAUAACGUAGGAAGCAGCAGUGGGAUGGAUGUGCUUUGAUCACUGUAGACAUGGCCUUUCUCCUCCUCUCUCCGCAUCCUUCUGUGGCACGCUGCUGUUUGUCCCUGACGUGGGUAGGACAGUCUGGCAGGCACCUGCAGGUGAGGGGUCCUGGUUUGGUUUGCAGAGUGUGCACCCACCCACAGUGUACAUUUACAGUUUCAUUUGUGUCUGCAUAGCUCUUGCUCUGUGAAUGCCCAGAGGAAACAACAAUAAUCAGUUACUCAUGAUGCUACAUUGACAGUGUAUUUAUUUAUGGCUUUAUCAUGGAUGAAGUGGAUUUGCAGAACCCAUGGAUUUCUCUUUCCUCCCUUCCUCCUCAAGACUGUGAAUGAUGUAACAAAUGUCAAAGUACUCUGUACAAAAUGUCCAAGAUUUGUUAGCAAAAGCUGAGCUGCAGCUGCGUUUUUCUGCAAGUAAAUCACAUGUUCUGAGAAAACCAUUGUGCUAACAGAGACAGAACCACUUACAGAGGAUGAGGAAGUGAUGUGCAAGAGAAAAAAAAUUUGUUUCAAUGAUGUAAUGAAGGGAGAGUCCUAAUUUUGAUCAGCCUGAGCCAGGAGAGUAUUUUAUGGAAAAUGAUGCGUAGAAGAACUAAAUCCCACCAUUUGUGGCCAAUGUUCUACUGCGAGUUUUAAAGUGUGAGCAAGCCAGGCUUGAGCAAGCUGCAGCAACAGAAAUUAGAAUUGCUUUAGUGAUGCAUUUCCAGGGGAAAACACACCUUUCUCCCCUGCUGCAACAGUGCCAGUCCCAGCACUCUGCUCUGCUGCUGAGGAGCUGCUGUUCUGCUUGCAUGAGCAGAGGAGGGUGCUGGGUCUGAGCUGCUUUUUGAAGCCUGGAGUUUCUCCUGUAGCAUGGAGUUUGGUUAGAACCACAAGAACCAGAUGGAGUGGUUUAUUUGUAUCCAUAUAUAAAUGGGAAAUAUAAAAGAAGAGGAAGACAUGGUAGGGUUUGUGUAUUUGUGCUUCAAGUUGGUGUCUCUUGUAAGUGUUGAGCAUGUGAGAUUCACACAUAAGUUAAUUACGUGACCCUUUGUGUUUGCUCUCAGACCUGUCACAUAGACUAGAAGAGGAUUUAGCAUUUUGUAGGAUGUGCCAUCACCAAUGGAUCAGCACAGGGGCUCGAUGCUGUCACUGUUCAUCUGGCUCAGGUGCAGCAGCCCAGGGUGCCAAAAGCCAGCUGGAGUGUGCCAGGCCCAGAGAUAACUCUGAAGUGGCCUUUGAAACCAUUUCUCUGCCAGGUGUGCAUCCAUAUCCCAGCUGCCCAUCUGGUGGAUCCCUGAGCUUUUCCUACAUGUGUGGGGCAGAAAGAAAUAAAUUACGCGCACACAGAAACGUUUAUCUGACCUGGCUAGGAAAUAGAAAAUCAAGCAGGUGUUUCCUGUGUCUGCCACAGUAUUUGGCCUCAUUACCUGAGAAUUUUAUUUUUAUGUGCUGAUUCAGUCAUAUUUUGCAAAUUUUGAAAAAUUCUUCAGAAAGUAAA